GAAAGUCGAGAUUUGAGAAAUGCCAAAUUUACUUUUGCAAGUUACGAGGCAAGCGAUUGUUGUCAUUAAUUUCGAUAAUAUUGGCCUAUAAAUAACUAAUCAAUAAAUACAAUUUAAUUAAAAGAUUUUAAAAGUUUUGGCUUCCCUGCGUAAUAAACUAAUUUCUGGCAGUUUCAACAGAAUAUGUUUAAAAAACACCUCUAUUCCACAUAAGUGAUCUAACAAAGGAGAGCAAAAGUUAUUGUUUAAAAUAAGUGAAAGUCAAGUUCAAAAUGUGUGGCGGGUUUACUUGUUCUAAAAAUGCUUUAAUAGCGUUGAAUAUACUUUAUGUGGUCGUAGCUUCCAUACUUAUAUCAGUAGCUGUGUAUGGGCAAGCUUCAUCCCUCACAACUUUGCCAAUAGUUGGAGGAAUAAUGGCUUGUGGCAUUUUACUGAUAUUGAUUUCAUUAUUGGGAUUAGCAGGAGCUGUAAAGCAUCAUCAAGUUAUGCUCUUCUUUUACAUGGUGAUUUUGUUCCUUCUGUUUUUAGUCCAAUUUUCAAUAGCUUGUGCCUGCCUUGGUGUUAAUUCUGACCAGCAAGAGAUGCUUGCACAACAGGGUUGGAACACAGUUGAUCUUGACACAAAGGCGCAGGUGCAAGAAAGGUUCCAGUGUUGCAGUUUCAAGAGCAGGACUAUUGCACCCAAUACAACUGUGGAUUAUCCUACUUGCGAUGUUGUUGAUAAAAUUUGCUGUGAUGGUUGGACUGUCACAGACGAAUGUAGGUGUCAACCUUGUAUGGAGAAAUUGAAGGAGACCAUUGAUUAUGCUUUCAAGCUCUGUGGUGGAAUAGGAUUGUUCUUCAGUUUUACUGAGUUUGUUGGUGUGUGGUUGACAGUAAGGUAUCGCAAUCAGAAGGACCCUCGUGCUAACCCAAGCGCAUUUCUUUGAAUGGUUUCUGUGGACUAAUCUAAGUUAUUCGCCGUAUGGAUCGCCCGACGAUAUCGCAACCAGCCCGACCCCAAUUACAAAGAGCCACAUGCAGUGUUCCCACGGAAAAACUAUUUGUAUUAAUCUCCAUAUUGUUUCCUUUUAUAGAAAAUCUAGAAAAUGUUACUACUUAGGUAGCUUUACUUUCUAAGUAAACAGGUGUAUGUGGAUGCCGUAUACGUCGUGAGUUUAUGACUUACGACAAAUUCCACAGCCCAGUGCCAACAAUGAGAUUACGUUUGUAGGUAAAGUGUGCAUAUCUAUUUUUCUAGACUGAUUGAUAAUUUAGUUUUUCUCUCGCUGCAAUUUUUACAUGUCUUCGAUUUUCUAAUUUACUUGGUAUUAAUUAUAAUAAUACAGCUGCCGGCAGUCAUCCUUCCAAUCGGAAUCAGUAUUAAAGAUACAAUUAUUUUUCAUAAACUUAUUAUUCUGAUGGAUGUUAAAUCAUUCGUUUGUUCGUUUUCGCCAUUCUUGCCAUAAAACAUUUUUUGGGUUGGUGUGGACAAGUUGUUUAUGAAAAUUAAUAUAAAAUUAAACUUAUGAUUCCCAAAAAGGUAAGAGGGAUUGACUAAGGGACAUAUUAUUUGAGAAUCCUCCCAGAAAAUAACGUGCAAUUUAUUGCAUACGAAGUGCAGCGAAAAAAUAAAAAUAGAAGAAACACUGUUUGAUUUGAACAUGCUGUUAUUUAAUUUUUCUGAAUUAACCCGUAUAAACAAACGCAUUCCAUCGGCAAACCACAUAUUUUGAUAGUAUGUUUAGGGUGGAUUCUUAUAAGUCUAAAUUGAUAAAAAAAUUGUUUCAUUCGGUGUAUGUAUGCAAUCUAAGACUUAAGUGUAGUGUUCCAUAUUGUUUCAAUGGUCUCGUGGUUGUAAUUAUAUAUCACUCGAAAGGCUUUUAAUCUGGAAUGUUCCCGUUAUAUAAUAUUUCAAAAAUGUAUGUUUAUUUUAACAUUUAUAUCUCUAUAAAACCUUUGAUUUUAUUUCGAAUGUUGUUGUCUAGGAGCAGUAUUUUUGACAUACAUUUGAAGUAGGUACUUGGUCUGAAUUAUCGAAUUAAAAAAAUCUCUGCAUAUGAGAGAAGGUACAAUCGAAAUACAUAGUUUAUAGAGUUUAUUGCUGUUUACUCUCAAUGUAAAUAUUUUACACAUGACUAUACUAUGACGAUAUGUACGAUAUUUUAAACAGUUCUGUACCUAGGUGCAAUAGCAGCUCGGUACUGGUUAAAGUCUAUCAUGAUAACGCUUUGUCAUACUAUCUACAUAUUCUUAUUUUUAAUGAAUAGGUUAUUAGUUUUAGACUCGUUUAAAUGUACAUUGAAAUUCCUAGUCAAUAAUAUAACUCUACGUCGACUAAAUAACUUGUUCAAUCAAUUAUUCACAAUAUAUUCAAAGUGAUCUAUAUAUUUUGAUGGUAUGAUGAAUUAAGUGCAAAUUUUAAUGUAUUGUAUGUAGGCAUGGAUAUGCCAGAUAUCUAGAUUUCGUUUUCAAACUUUAAGUGUGCCUAAUCUGUACAUUAAUGUUUAAUAAUUAAGUAUCCAAACAAAAAUGAUCCAGCUUCAUUAACAGCCGUUAAUGUAAAUAUCUAUUAUGUUCUUAGCAACUUUGCGUUUUUAAGCUUUAGUCAUUUUCUUAAUUGAUUUGUAAGACUCUUAUCGAAUUAUUUUCGUGUAUGCUAGUAUCCCGGUACUUUAAAGGGAGGUAUUUUACUUUUCAUUUAAGUUAGUAAUUAAAAUUGUUUGAUCUUUUACUAUCAACCUAAGUGCUCAUAUAUCGUAUAUUUGUGUAAAAUUAAUCAUAUUAAAGUGUUAUGCAUUGA